ACCACACCGCCGCUGCGACCACAUUCGCGUCCCCAACUCACCCUGCCCGGCCUGGCCGCAGCGUCUACAACCUGGGGAGACUGCGCCUGCGCGCCCGUCUGGCGCCCGGCAGAGGUUUUAAAGCAGUAAUUACACCUUGCGGCACUACCCGGUUCGGCCGGUGCCUGGCUGGAGGGCGCCGGAGAGCCUGGAGCAGCGCGCCCGGAGGCGGGAGCAGGAGGAGGAAGAGGAGCAGGAGGUGGUCAGUAGCGCGGCGGCCGCCAGUCCGCAAUGGUGCCACCCUGGUUGCUGCUCGGGACUGAGCGCAGGGCUGUCCUCGGGUCCGUGAAGGCUGCGCUCUGCGUGGAUGAGGUAGGCGAAGCUCUACAGAUGAACCCAAGAGACUUCAAAGAGAAGUACAAUGAAGUAAAGCCCUCCAAAUCUGACCACCUAGUGUUUUCUUGUUUAGCCGGAGUAAGAAGGAAGAAGGCUUUGGACACAGCAGUAUCUCUGGGCUUUCACAGGAAGAAGAAAUAAGUGGAAGAAUAUACAUUAAGACAUUGAAAUGAUAAUGGGAACAACCACAUGAUAAUGAGAAACAACUAUAUUAGGGUACUCCAGAGAAACAGAACCAAUAGAUUAUAUAUAUAAUUGGCUCAUUUGAUUAUAGAAGCUGAGAAAUCCCACAACCUGCCAUCUUCAAGCUGGAGAUCCAGAAAAGCCAGUUGUGUAUUUCCAGUUCAAGCCUGAGGACUUGACAACCAGGAGCACUGAUGUCCAAGGGCAGGAGGAGAUGGAUGUCCAGACUCCAGAAAAGAGACUGAAUUGACCCUUCCUCUGUCUUUUUGUUCUGUUUAAUCAUGCAACAGUUUGGAUGAUGCCCCCCACAUUGAUGAGGGCUAUCUUCUUUACUCAGUCGACUGAUUCAAAUCUCUUCCUACUAUGUCCUUUUUCUCUUCCAGGAGAAAAAACUUCAUAGCCUCACCUAGCGAUAAUGUUCUACCAGUUACCUGGGCAUGCUUAGCCUAGUCAAGUUGACUCCUAAAACUAACCAUCCAUAACAAACAAACAGUAUAGUACUUUAACCCAAAUAAUAAAACAAAUAUACCUGGAUCUAUGCUGACAUACAUAUGUAAAUAUAUGAUUAAGUAAAUAAAUAAAUAGGUAAAAGAUAAAUCUUCCUUACUAAAGAAUUCCAAAUAAUACAUGCAGACAGUUUCCCCUCCAGAGAUGUAACUUAAAGCUUCACCCCUUCAGUAUGGGCUGAAUUUAGUGUCUUGCUUCCAAACAAUAGAUUAUGUAAAGGGAAAAAAUAGUAACUUUACAGCAGAGACCCCUGGCAUACACUACCUGAACAAAGCGAUCAGGGUUAGCAUCAACAGUGAUAAGUCAUGUUGGUAGUAUGUAUUCCUGACAUGAUUGAUAAGAAGAGAACUUUCCCUUUACCUCUGUGGUAUUCCUCUUAAAAGUCUGUAACCCUAUAACUAGUCAUGAGAAAAAAAAAAUCAUCAGACAAACCCAAAUUUAAGGACAUUAUAUAAAACAUCUGACCAGCACUAUUCAAAAAUAUCCAGGUCAUCAAAAACAAGUAAAGAUUGAGAAACUGUCAGAGACCAGAGGAGAAUAAGGAGACUUAAUGGCUAAAUGUAAUGUGGUAUCCUGCAUGGGAUCCUGGAACAGAAAAAAGACGUAGUAGGAAAAAUUGGUGAAAUUUGAAUUAACUGUGAAAAUUGAUUAAUAGUCAUGAACCGAUAACACUCUCAAUUUUAACAAAUGUGCCAUAGUUAUGUUAAGAUGUUAAUAUUAGAGGAAACUGGGUAAAAGACAUACAGGCAUUCUCUGUGCUAUCUUUAUAACUUUUCUGUAAAUUUAAAUUAAAUUAUUCCAAA